UGACCGACGCCUUCUUCGUCUAGCUAUAUAAAACUAACUCCUCCUCUUCUUCUUCCUUCCGGAGAGAGCAAGAAGAGGCAGAUACAGAGAUCGAUAGAGAAUUAAUGGAGAAGGUAGAAGCUACUGAUUCGGAGGCCAUGGUUGAUGCCCAAGCACUGAUUUACCAUCAGAUGCUCAGCUUCGCAGAAUCCAUGGCGCUGAAAUGCGCCGUCGAGCUCCGGAUAGCCGACAUCAUCCACUCCCACGGCUGCCCCGUCGCGUUGAGCGAAAUCGUCGCAGCCCUCGGAUCCCCCUCGCCGGACGCCGCCUGCCUCCUCCGCAUCAUGAGGUUCCUCGUCCGGAAGAAGAUCUUCGACGCCCAUCCUCCACCGGACCAGGGCGGCGAGACGCUCUACGGCCUCACCCCGGCCUCCAAGCUGCUGAUACAUGGCGCCGAGCUGAGCCUGGCUCCGAUGAUUUUGAUGGAGAAUGACCCGAGGGCACUGGCGCCGUGGCAUUGCUUUAGCGGCUGCGUGAGAGAAGGCGGCGUCGCGUUCAAGCGGGCUCACGGCAAAGAGAUUUGGGAGUAUGGAUCGGAAAACCCGGAUUUCAGCAACGUCUUCAACUCGGCGAUGGAAUGCGCGACGAGGAUCACGACGAAGGCGAUCGUGUCGGCGUAUAGAGAGGGAUUUAGGUCGAUCGGGUCCCUGGUGGACGUUGGCGGCGGGACCGGAGCAGCGACUGCCGAGAUUGUGAAGGCCUAUCCACAUCUCAAAGGGAUCAACCUCGAUUUGCCGCACGUCAUCGCCACCGCGCCGGAGCAUCCCGGCAUCUCUCACGUCGGAGGCGACAUGUUCGAGGCUGUGCCCAACGCCGAUGCUGUCUUCAUGAAGUGGAUAUUGCACGAUUGGAGCGACGAAGAUUGCAUAAAGAUCCUGAAGAACUGUCGAAAAGCGAUCCCAGUGAAGACGGGAAAGGUGAUUAUAGUAGAACUAGUUCUGAAACCAGAAGGCGAGUGCAUGUUCGACGAGACGGGGAUGGUGUUUGAUUUGGUGAUGAUGGCUCACAGCUCCGGCGGGAAGGAGAGGACUGAGAGUGAAUGGAAACAACUGUUGGAAGGAGGAGGGUUUCCACGCUACAACAUCGUCCGGCUCCCUGCUUUGCCCUCCAUUAUUGAGGCCUUUCCUCUCUGAUCUCUCUCUUAUCUCUUUUUAUAUAUGUAAGUAUAAAUAUCUCCAUUGAAAAACUACGUGAGCUCUUCAUUUAAACCUGCUUGGUUGGUUAAUUAAUUAUUCAAUUAACUUCCUCAA